AUGGCGAUGGACACAGACACAAUCCCGAACCUGCUCGGCGAUCUGCGCGACCAGGCGCCCGACGAGCUACAGGAAUACUUCAUUCAAUUCGAGGACUACUGGGAGCGCAAAUUGUGGCACGAGCUGACGGACAAGCUGGUCGAGUACUUUGACCAUGCAGCGAGUGCACAGCAGCGGAUACCACUCUUUGAGACCUUCAUCAAGAGCUUCGCGAAGAAGAUCAACCAGCUCAAGCUCGUGCAGCUUGGCUUGAAGGCGGCAUCACAGUUCAAGGAUGACACUGAGCGCCUCAACUUCGUUUCCGACAUCGCCAAGCAGGUCAACAAGCCCGCUUCACAAGACGCCUACGUCUACGCCACAGUGGCUGCUGCGAGCAUCCAGUUGCGGACAGGCGACGAUGAGGGUGCAAGGAAGAAGCUGGACGAGAGUGAGCAGAUAUUAGAAGGCUUCGACUCAGUAGAGACAGCCGUGCAUGCUUCAUUCUACAAGACGAGCGCCGAAUACUACAAGGCUAAGCACGAGUUUGCCGCGUACUACAAGAAUGCCCUCCUCUACCUCGCCUGUGUUGACCUCGCCGACCUCGAUCUCCGCGAACGGCAGUCGCGCGCCUAUGACCUCAGCAUCGCUGCCCUCGUCUCCGACUCCAUCUACAACUUUGGCGAACUUCUCCUCCACCCCAUACUCGACUCUCUCGUCAACACUCCGCACGCAUGGCUCCGCGACUUGCUUUUCGCAUUCAACCGCGGCGACUUGACCGCAUACGACGUCCUCGCUGGCAACAUCUCGAAGGUACCACUGCUUAAGGAGCACCAGACCUUCCUGUACCAGAAGAUAUCGUUAUCUGCACUGACGGAGACGGUGUUCCGAAGACCACCCCACGACCGCGCGAUGACGUUCCAGACCAUCUCAGAAGAGACCAAGGUAUCACCGAAUGAGAUUGAGCAUUUGAUCAUGAAGGCGCUGAGCUUGGGGCUACUCAAGGGAACGAUUGACCAGGUAGCGGAGAUUGCGAGGAUCAACUGGGUGCAGCCAAAGGUGUUGGAUAUGACGCAGAUCCAGAACAUGAGGGGGCGAUUGAAGGAAUGGGAUGCGAGCGUCAACCACCUCGGUAACUGGAUCGAGGGGGUUGGUAAAGACGUGUGGGCCGCCUGA